AUGGGGCGACCCCGGCUUCCCAGGGUCCUCCGUGCACAAGGAGAGGGGACCUCACCGGGGUCUGCGUCCCCGGGGGUCGUGGCGCCAUUGGCCGGGCGGCUCGGAAGGCCACACACAGAGACGACUGGGCGCGGUCCCGUGUCCCCGCCGAGCAGGACAGGCCCUGAGCAGCGCCGACUCCACCGGGCCCGCUGCCCCCUCGGCCCUGCGCCGUCCCCGGCCGCUGACCCGGCGCAGCCCCGUCGCCCGCGUCCCCGCGCCAGCCUCCCGCGGCCUCGCCACACUCACCGGCCCGCGCGCCCGCAGCGCCGCUCAGGCCCCGGCUGCCCUGGCCGUCGCGCCCGGCGACUCCGCACCGUCACCGCAACCGAACCAAGCACGGAGCCCGGCCCGUCCGACCCCUCUGAGCCUCCGCCCCGGCCAGACCGCCGCCUUUUCUCCUCGGCCUCCAACCGCCACCGCCCUCCUCGUGCGCCCCGCCCCGCUGCGCCCCGCCCCCCUCGGCCCGGCAGCGGGCCCGCGCACGCACGGCCGCCGGGGACGCGCACGCUGUCCUCUGCCGGGGCCGCGACCUGGGGAGGGCGGACCGGAGAACGCGCUGGUGAGCGGCUGGUUAGGCGCGUCUCCGCUUCUCCCGGAGGUGCUCCCGCUCGCCUCCCGCCGUGCUCCCAGCCCGGGUCCGCUCCCGGACCUUGGUUUUCGGGAAGGAAUCCCAGAGCUCCUGUGGCACUGACUCUGCUGCCCGGCAGCCCGCGGAGGACGGUUUCCGUGGGCGACCCACGGGGCCUCCAGAGGGCGCGGCGCGACUUCUGGGAAAUACCUUGGGGACAAAAGCGCGGUCACCCUGCUACACACAGUGCCCGUAGGCGAUCCGGUUACUACUGCCGGCCCGGCUGUGGAGCGGGGCGGGGGACAGUGAUGUCACCGACGCCCACCGUCUGGAGGCCUCAUGCCCACUCCCAUCCCAAAACCAUCGUGAAGGGAAUGGGGCGGGGCAGAGGUGAGAAAACCCUGUUGUGUGCUCCUUCUGGUGACAGCAUUUGUACCCCAGCUGUUGGGAACGAUGGCUCACAUGAUUCACCGUCCUGA